UUCGCGUCGGAUUCACGAAAGCAUCGAAAAGUUUCGAAUAGUUAAAAGCUUUUCUUCUCAUGGAUCCGAUAUAUUAACACUUCCACGCUUGAUUCUGAUUAUUCUCUCUCUCUCUCUCUCUCUCUCUCUCUCUCUCUCUCUCUCUCUCUCUCUCUCUCUGAGUCUCUGUUCUGAUUUGGGGGUGGAACCACCAGCUAGCAAAGCUCUUUCUAUAUUUAUAAAUGGAUCCUGCUUUCGAUCUACUCCGGGCCUGAAACUUUGCUUCAUCCUUACUCGUUGGAGAAUUGGAGAUAUUAGUUUCUCUCUAAUUCCUGGUUGUUCUUCAAGUCUUGGGGAGUACAAACUAUAUCCAACACACAAGUUCCUGCGAGGGAGCAUUUUGAGAAAUCAUGAAUGCGUUAGCAGCAACCAAUAGAAAUUUCAAGUUGGCAGUUCGCCUUUUGGGUUUGGAUUCAAAGCUCGAGAAGAGCUUACUCAUUCCUUUCAGAGAGAUCAAGGUUGAGUGCACCAUACCCAAAGAUGAUGGCAGUUUGGCCUCUUUCGUUGGUUUCAGGGUUCAACAUGAUAAUGCCAGAGGCCCAAUGAAAGGAGGUAUUAGAUACCACCCAGAGGUUGACCCUGAUGAGGUGAAUGCUCUAGCACAACUUAUGACUUGGAAGACAGCCGUAGCAAACAUUCCAUAUGGUGGUGCUAAAGGAGGUAUAGGGUGUGAUCCAGGAGAACUAAGUAUCUCUGAACUAGAGCGACUUACUAGAGUUUUCACACAGAAGAUACACGAUCUAGUUGGAGUCCAUACAGAUGUUCCAGCCCCUGAUAUGGGAACUAACCCCCAGACAAUGGCAUGGAUACUGGAUGAGUACUCAAAAUUUCAUGGCUAUUCACCUGCAGUUGUUACUGGAAAACCUGUAGAUCUUGGCGGAUCUUUAGGAAGAGAUGCAGCUACAGGAAGGGGAGUACUUUUUGCCACAGAGGCUCUACUUCAAGAAUAUGGAAAGAGCAUCUCCGGCCAACGAUUUGUUAUACAGGGAUUUGGAAAUGUCGGUUCCUGGGCAGCCCAACUCAUCAACGAAAAUGGUGGGAAGAUUGUUGCAGUAAGUGACAUCACUGGAGCUAUAAAGAAUAGCAAUGGUCUAGAAGUACCAAAAUUACUUAAACAUACCAAAGAAAAUCGAGGAAUUAGAGGUUUCAGUGGUGGUGACCCCAUUGAUCCAAAGUCAAUAUUAGUUGAGGACUGUGACGUUCUUAUUCCUGCAGCCCUUGGCGGUGUCAUCAACAGGGAAAAUGCAAAUGAGAUAAAAGCCAAAUUCAUUAUUGAAGCUGCCAACCAUCCAACUGACCCAGAGGCUGAUGAGAUCUUAUCAAAAAAAGGUGUCAUCAUCCUUCCAGAUAUAUAUGCCAACUCAGGUGGAGUCACUGUGAGUUAUUUCGAGUGGGUUCAGAAUAUUCAAGGAUUUAUGUGGGAUGAAGAGAAAGUGAACAAUGAACUUAAGACUUAUAUGACAAAAGGUUUAAAAGAUGUUAAAGAGAUGUGCAAGACUUACAACUGUGAUCUCCGUAUGGGAGCCUUCACCUUAGGAGUCAAUCGAGUUGCUCGAGCAACUGUCCUCAGAGGUUGGGAAGCUUGAGAUGAAGUACUGCAAAGAUCAAGAAAACUAAGUAGCAUUGCAAUGAGAAAAUAUUCCUCGACUCCUAUGACUUACCAAUAAUUUCAUGUAUGUUAGUUUCAUGUUAAGGCUUUAACUUUUUGUCAGUAACAUCUUUUUAUUUAUAAGACCAGAAGGCACCUAGAUUCAAAUGAGGAAAGAUGCUGAUAAUUGCACUUUUAUCAUUCUGUUUGGCGCAAUCAACACUACUUUCACAUAAAUUUUACCUGUACUAUUCUACAA